CGAAUACCAAUGGAAAAGAAUUAAUUUCACAAUCAGUCUCCAAUGAAAUAAUUGGAACAAAAUCAACCGCUGAAAAUGCACCAGAUGCUUUAGAAAUUUUAACAGAAACUCAAUUGUCUAAUAUUCCACAAGACAAAAAUGUAACCACAAAAUCUGAUAAUGUUGCUGAAGCAAUCACCAAAUCUUCUGAUGAAAUUGAUGAUACACCACUUACAAUGAAUCAGCAACAAAAUAAUGCACAAAAGAAUGUUUUGGCUGAAGAUGAAUUAGAGACUAAUGUCACGACAGGAUCGAAAUCUGGCAUCGAAACAAUGAUACCAAUUCAGAAAAUUGAUACCAGCCAAUCGGAACAAGAAACAUUGGAUUCAAUCGAAGAUGCCGUACCAAUAACGAUGACAGAAACUGAUAAAGCAGCCAAUACAAUACAAUGGAUAUUACAGCAAGCACAAUUAGUUACCGAUGAUGAUAAUAUUCCGAUGUCCGAAGGUGAACAAGUUAUUGUUAUAGAAAGUGAUCCAAUUCAAACAACUUCAUUCAUUUCUGGUUCAAUGUCAAUGCUAUCCGAAUCGAAAGAAUUGUUUGAACAAAUGCAAUCCACAAUGGGUGUUGCCGAUAUUAGCAAAAUUUCGACCGAUGUUCAUACACAAGCCCGUGAACUACUAGAUAGUACAGUAAAACCUGCCAUACAACAAAAAAUGGACCAAAUUCUCACCCAAACAUCUGCACAAUCAAUAGAUAAACAAGAAGAGGCAAAAACUAGCCAAACUUCUAAGGUAAUUGAAAACCUUCAACAGCAAUGCCAUAGUGUUCUUGGACAAACGUAUCAGCUUCUAGAAGAUAUGGAUCAAAAAAUAUCACAAGUAACCGAUCGCCAUCAACAAUCAUUAGCGGCAGCUAAUUCCGAUAUUUUUAUUCAUCCAACAACAACAUCUCUAGCUGCUGAUACAACUACAAGUUUUGCUGAUUCAAUUUCGGUAUCAAGUAUUGAUAAAGAAUCGAUUGGUAUUCCACAAUUAGAGAAAAAUUAUACAAAAUUUUCUGAUUCAAAAAACUUUGGAAAAACAAUGGAAUCGACAAUGAAAAUGACCGAUGUUCCAUCUGCUGCUGUUGCUGAAAAAGUUUCAUCAUUAGAUACAUUAAAUGAUCAAUGGAAUGUAUUUGAAAAACAUUCCGAUGAUAUCAAUACCGGGGAAAGUAAUCGAAUGGAACGUACACAAAUGGUUAUCAAUCGAUUUGAUUCAAAAUCUUUGACUGAUACAUCAGAUCAGACAAAACAAUCAACAAUAAAGCAAGAAUGGACGACAACAACUACUUUGCCAAAAAUUUAUGAAUCACAUAUACGUGUGAAUCUUGGUCAAACUGAUAGUAAUAAUAAUCAGAUUGAUGAUGAAGAAAUUGAACGAAAAGAAAUGGAAAAAUUUUCAAAAAUCUCCAUAGUACCAUUGCAAACACCAGCUACAAGUUCAACAAUAACUACAACAUCAAUGGUCAAUAUUGAUUCGUCAAUGCCUGGUUUAAUUGAUCAUGUUCCAGAAUUACAAACACGAAUAAUUGAAACAAGCGAAAUGUUUGUACAACAUGAUGAUGACGAUUCAAUUGAUUCUCGAAUAAAAACAUACGAAACAAGUGGACCGAAUUUAGUUAUGGAAACAAUUAUAAGUCCAAAUGUGAUCAGUUCUAUUGAUAGUACAACAAAUACAAUGACAAGCAGUGAUAUAAAUGAAAAAUUACCGCCUACCACUACUGAAAUUAAUCAAAAAAUAAUAACCAAACGAGAAUUGAAAGAACAAAUUAGACCAAUGAAAUUUGAAACAAUCGAAAAUGUAAUGUUAACAGAACCAUAUGAACAAAGUCCACCACCUGAAUUACUUUCAACAAGACAAAUACAAAUGAUGACAGAACCAAUGUGUGAUGAUAUAAAUAUUACCGAAACAAUUAUGGAAGCUACAACAACAUCAACAUCAGCAGCUGCGGACACUACUCAUACAAGUAGUAGUAAUAAUGAUAAUAAUCGUGUAAUUGUCACUGAACAACAAUUACCCGAAGUUGUAUACACAAUGACCAAAACGACAACUAAAAAACGUUUCGAUGUUGAUCGAGAUUGGGAUCCACCAAUGGCAUUACCAACACCGCAGCCACCAUCACCAAUUAGUUCAUCAUCACAAUAUUAUCAAAGCAGUAGUAGUCGAACUACGAAUAUAGGACGGAAUCGAUCUUCUACAGAACGUGCAACAUCCACCGCCAGUAAUAAAUCAACAAAUACAACGGUGAAUCCAGUUUAUGUUGAAUUAGCCUAUGUACCUGGUCAUGGAAAACGUGGCUAUUGUGAUGAGGAUUUUUUCCGUAAAAUUCGUGCACGUUAUUAUGUAUUUUCCGGUGUAACACCUUCACGACAAGUUCUUGAUGCAUUACUUAAUGGUGUAAAAACAUGGCUAAAAAUUGAUGAUCAAAAUCGUUCUGAAACAAAAGUAACAAUUGUACCAACAUAUGAAUCGGAAGCAAUGGCACGUUGGUAUGCCGAUCAUAAAGAACAAUUAGAUUCACUUGGAAUCGAAAUUGUUUCAGCAGCUAAUCGUUGUUGGCUAUCAUUAGAUCAAAUUGAUCUACAAUCAAACAACAAUACAACAAAUCAAUCACAACAAGCAUCGAAUAAUCUAUCAUCGGAUGAUAUUUGUUUUGCAUAUAAAAUUGAAUUUUAACAUUUUUCUUUUUCCCUUUUUCAGUUUUAAUUAGAUGAUGAAUGAAUUUUGUCUUG